CUUAACUUGUGUUCAUAACACGGCAAAAGAGCUAAUUAGUCUCUGCUUCACUGAUGACUUUGAGGCAUAUACUGAUUUCUGUUUCUCUAUGAAGUUUUGCUAGCUUGGUCAAGACUAAUAUAGAGGGUAUUCCCUAGAAAUAGCAUAUGAAAACUGGAGAUUAUGUCUUUGAAAUCCAGCAGGAAAGAAAAGGCUGAGGAAGUAGAAGAUGGGAAUAAUCACAGCGAUUCCGUUAACGUGUACCACCAGAAAAAGGAGCUUCCAGCAACACAUGAAAGCCUGGACUAUCUACCUUCACACAGUGAAGUCUAUAAGACAUGGCUGCAAGAAAAUCCACACAGAUCAGACUGGGAUCGCUGGCUGAUGAUGGCAUUAAUUGGAGUUGUGGUGGGCAUAUUGGGAUUCUUAAUGCAUCAAAUUAUUGACACUCUUUUUGAAAGGAAGUGGGAGCUUGUUGAACACUAUAUCAAGCAUGGGGAUUUUUUUACAACAUGGCUGUUCAUUCUUGGAGUCGGUCUUGGCAUGGUCUUCUGCGCAUCAGGCCUUGUGGUGUUUUUAUGUCCAACUGGGUCACCCAGUGGUCUCCCUGAAGUCAUUGGGUACUUAAAUGGAGCAUCACUGAGGCACAUCUUUAAUAUAAGAACAUUCUUGGGAACAUUCUUCUCAUGUGCAUUAGCAGUAUCGGCAGGACUCUUCUGUGGCCCGGAAGCUCCAAUGGUUUAUGUUGGAGCUGUGGUUGGAUAUGGGCUGAGCCAGUUUAAGUCUGAAACACUGCGAAUAAAUCUUCCAUUCUUUACAAGGUUUCGGAAUUCAGCAGAUAAGAGGCAGUUUAUCACCGCUGGUGCAGCUGCUGGAAUUGCCUGUGUAUUUCGGGCUCCUGUUGGAGGGCUUCUUUUUGCUUUAGAGGAGGUGGCAUCCUUCUGGGACAUGAAGUUGGCCUGCCAAAUAUUUUUCUGCUGUUUAAUUGCGGCUCUCACUACAGAAGUGUUUUCUUCUUCUUUUGGCGGAUUUGUAUACCAGGGUUAUUUUGGAUUUUUCAAAGCUGAGCAAAGAAUCAUAUUCUGGGUGAAAGACUUAUUGGAUAUGAGUGUAUUGGCCUUUAUCCCCUGUGUCAUCCUAGGUGUAAUUGGUGGUUUACUGGGUGCCCUGUUUGUGUUUCUAAAUGUAAGAAUCAAUAAAGUACGUCAAAAGCUGUUCAACUCAAUAUCUCACAAACUUCUCAGACAGCUAAGUAAGCUACUUGAAACUUUGUUCUUGAUGUUUGUGACCAUCACUAUGACAGUAUAUGUGCCAUAUUUCUUCUCCUGCACUCCAGACACAACAACCACCCAUUCCACCAACUCGUCUGGCCACAGAUCACAUGAUUCACAUGGAUUGUGGGAUGUCUCAGAAUAUAACUGUCCGGAUAGUUCUACGUUGUUUACACCAGGGGAAUCAUCCAAUCAUACUAUAAACCAAGCUGCUGCUCUGUUGGUGAAAAAUGGGAAACAAGGCAUCAUGCUUCUAUUCCAGCGAGGAACUCAUACAAAGUUUGGACUUCCAGCUCUGCUCACUGUUCUGCUUUUCUACUUUCUUGGUUCCUGUUGGACCGCUGGGACUGCAGCCUCAACUGGACUUGUUGUACCCAUGCUCUACACUGGCGCUCUCCUUGGGAGGAUUGUUGGUAAUAUUUUGGUGUACAUGUUCGGAGUCCAAAAUGAUGAGUAUAGAGCGUGGAUUGAUCCUGGGCUUUUUGCAGCCAUCGGUUCAGCAGCUUAUUUUGGUGGUGUUUCCCGACUGACCAUUUCCCUCACUGUCAUUAUGGUUGAAAUAACAAAUGAUGUGCAGUCCAUCCUGCUGAUCAUGGUGGCAGUAAUGAUUGGAAAAACAGUUGGUGAUUACUUCAACCAUUCCCUGUUCAGCUCUUUAUUGCAUCUUAAGUGUAUCCCGCAUUUAGAGGCAGAACCACAUGUAGUCCAUGGCAAUAAGAGGGUAAACCUAGAACUCUUCACUGCCCGAGAUGUUAUGAAGUCUUGCACAGUUAUACAACUACAGGAAAGUGUUUCUUCAUUGGCUGAACUUCUGACUAAUACCAGCCACAAUGGCUUCCCUGUGGUUCAUAGCCCUGGACCUGGCCAGAACGAUGUUUUCCUAGGGACUAUUACAAGGAUGGACUUGUGCAUGUUGCUUUUCAACAGUCAUAUAUUCCAAACUGCAGAGGAUGAGAGUGAUUUUAGAACUGUACUCCAGUACCAGCAGGUAACGGUGGAAAAGCUUCCUGAUGAGGCUCGGUUGAACACAUUGCUGAACAAAUAUUCUGCAGACCCUCAGUAUCAGCAACUCUUCAUCAAUCUGGAGCCAUAUAUUAAUAAGUCAGCCGUGUGCGUCCAAGCUCAUUUCUCUCUGCAGCGGGCUUAUGUUUUGUUCCGAACUCUGGGACUGCGCCAUCUGACAGUUGUAGAUCUUCAGAACAGGGCAGUUGGGAUGAUCACCAGGAAGGAUCUGAUAUCUUUGAGGCUGGAGAAGAGACUGAUUAAAUUGGACUCUGGAAAGCAGGAUUCGGAUGAGGAGCUCUUAAGAUAGAAAUUAAUAUGAGGUGUUCUGAGGCCACGGUGAAUGAAAUGAAAAAUACUGAGAUGUUGGCAGUAUACGUCAAUAGUCUCAACUACUGUAACUUCUAUUACAGCAGCAAAAUCAUUUUCUGGGAAGUGUGGAAAGAUAGAUGAGACCGUACUAUUUGUUACAAUUUCCUGUGCUGCAUUAUUUAAAGAAAUGUAGCUUAAAAUAUGUGUAUGUUCCAGAAUGUAAGAAAUACUGCGCACACAUUUUCUCAUGCUUUGCUUCUGA